UCUCUCCUGCAGCAAUUUGCUAAGCUCACCUCCAAUUCCUCUCACAAUGGCUGCUCAACAGAACGGUGCUACCGACAGCUUCACUGUCAAGGCCGGUUUGGCCCAGAUGUUGAAGGGUGGCGUGAUCAUGGACGUUGUCAAUGCCGAGCAGGCUCGCAUUGCCGAAGAGGCUGGUGCCGCCGCUGUCAUGGCGCUCGAGCGUGUCCCCGCCGACAUCAGAGCACAGGGUGGAGUGGCGCGCAUGUCCGACCCGGGCAUGAUCAAGCAGAUCAUGGAGGCCGUCACCAUUCCUGUGAUGGCGAAGGCUCGUAUUGGCCACUUUGUCGAGUGCCAGAUCCUCGAAGCCAUUGGCGUCGACUACAUCGACGAGUCCGAGGUCCUCACCCCCGCCGACGAAGUCUACCACGUUACCAAACACGGCUUCAAGGUGCCCUUCGUCUGCGGAUGCCGCAACCUGGGCGAGGCCCUCCGCCGGAUCGCCGAGGGCGCCGCCAUGAUCCGCACCAAGGGUGAGGCCGGUACCGGGGACGUGGUGGAGGCCGUGAAGCACAUGCGCACCGUCAACGCCGACAUUGCGCGUGCCCGCGCGAUCCUCCAAUCGUCCGCCGACCCCGAGCCCGAGCUCCGUGCCUAUGCCCGCCAGCUGGAGGUUCCGUACGAGCUCCUGCGCGAGACCGCCGAGAAGGGCCGUCUCCCCGUGGUCAACUUCGCCGCCGGUGGCGUGGCCACGCCCGCCGAUGCCGCGCUCAUGAUGCAGCUGGGCUGCGACGGUGUCUUCGUCGGCUCCGGAAUCUUCAAGUCCGGUGAUGCGAAGAAGCGCGCCAAGGCUAUCGUGCAGGCUGUGACUCAUUACAAGGACCCCAAGGUUCUGGCUGAGGUCAGCGAGGGUCUGGGCGAGGCUAUGGUCGGUAUCAAUGUCUCGCACAUGGCCGAGGCUGACAAGCUGGCUAAGCGGGGCUGGUAGGGGGAUGUGGAAGUGGAAGUGUAAUUGUAUGUCCUGUUUAUUUCUACCAUCGCGCGGGCGUUUUGAGAGAGAUCCAAAAAGUUGGGACAGCAGGCCGGCACUUCUUGCAUUAGAUGUUCUUUUUCAUUUUCCCCCUGCAUAAUGAUUGUACAUUUGAUCCAUACGAGCAAUGAGCCCAUUUCCUAG